AUCUGUUGCUUUUGUCUUAUAAAAUCAUGGCGCUGCAGGUUUUUUUUUGUUGUCGGGGGCAGAAGUAUGCAGCAAUGUGUUAGUCGAACGGCCCAGUUUAACAGGUAUCUCCCAAUUCUCAGAAAAAGUGCAUAUUUUCAUCAAAGCUUGGGACUCGCCACGGCCCGGCACCUCAACAUGACCGACCCUGCAGUGAAGAGGGUGGUGAGCGAAAUCGUCCGCUCCCCGGAGGACAAGCGGCUCUACCGGGGGCUGGAGUUCACCAACGGCCUGAAGGCCAUCCUCAUCAGCGACCCGACCACCGACAAAUCCUCCGCAGCACUCGAUGUCCAAAUAGGCUCCCUCUCAGACCCCUCCAACAUCUCGGGGCUGGCGCACUUCUGCGAGCACAUGCUGUUCCUGGGCACGGUGAAGUACCCCAAGGAGAACGAGUACAGCCAGUUCCUGAGCGAGCACGCUGGCAGCUCCAACGCCUUCACCAGCGGCGAGCACACCAACUACUACUUCGACGUGUCCCACGAGCACCUGCAGGGGGCGCUGGACAGGUUUGCGCAGUUCUUCCUCUGCCCGCUGUUCGAUGAGAGCUGCAAGGACCGGGAGGUGAACGCGGUGGACUCGGAGCACAAGAAGAACGUGAUGAACGACGCCUGGAGGCUGUUCCAGCUGGAGAAGGCCACCGGGAACCCCAAUCACCCCUUCAGCAAGUUCGGCACAGGGAACAAGGUGACGUUGGAGACAAGGCCAACCGAAGAGGGGAUUGAUGUCCGUCAGGAGCUGCUGGAGUUUCACUCCACGUACUACUCCUCAAACCUGAUGGGGCUGUGUGUACUGGGCAGAGAGACCCUGGACGAGCUGACCGACAUGGUGGUCAAUCUGUUUGGUGAAGUGGAGAAUAAGAAUGUCCCUGUCCCAGAAUUCCCUGAGCACCCCUUCCAGGAAGAGCAUCUCCGGCAAUUCUACAAGGUGGUGCCCAUAAAGGACAUCAGAAAUCUGUACGUCACCUUCCCCAUCCCCGACCUGCAGAAGUACUACAAGUGCAACCCAGGCCACUAUGUGGGCCACCUGAUUGGGCAUGAGGGCCCAGGAAGCCUGCUGUCUGAACUGAAGGCCAAAGGUUGGGUGAACACACUGGUGGGAGGUCAGAAAGAGGGCGCUCGAGGCUUCAUGUUCUUCAUCAUCAAUGUGGACCUGACUGAGGAAGGACUCUUGCACGUUGAGGACAUCAUCUUCCACAUGUUCCAGUACAUCCAGAAACUGCGCACUGAGGGACCUCAGGAGUGGGUCUUUCAGGAGUGCAAGGACUUGAACACAGUGGCCUUCAGAUUUAAGGACAAGGAGAGACCUCGCGGAUACACCUCUAAAGUAGCCGGCUUGCUGCACUACUACCCCCUGGAGGAGGUGUUGGCAGCGGAGUAUCUUCUGGAGGACUUCAGGCCCGAUUUGAUCGAGAUGGUGCUGGACAAACUGAGGCCAGAGCAUGUGAGAGUUGCGGUCGUCUCAAAGUCGUUUGAAGGGCAGACGGAUCGGACAGAAGAGUGGUACGGCACGCAGUACAAACAGGAGGCCAUUUCUGAUGAGUCCAUCAAGAAAUGGGGGAACGCGGACCUGAACGGCAAGUUUAAACUGCCCAUGAAGAAUGAGUUCAUCCCCAGCGACUUUGACAUAUACCCUCUGGAGAAAGACUCUCCAUCCUUCCCCACCCUCAUAAAGGACACGGCCAUGAGCAAAGUGUGGUUCAAACAGGAUGACAAGUUCUUCCUUCCCAAGGCCUGCCUGAACUUUGAGUUCUUCAGCCCCUUUGCGUACGUGGACCCGUUGCAUUGUAACAUGGCUUAUUUGUAUCUUGAGCUGCUCAAGGACUCCCUGAACGAGUAUGCAUAUGCAGCCGAACUAGCCGGCUUGAACUAUGACCUGCAAAAUACCAUCUAUGGGAUGUAUAUGUCCGUGAAGGGCUAUAACGACAAGCAGCACAUUCUGCUCAAGAAGAUCAUCGAGAAGAUGGCCACCUUCGAGAUCGACGAGAAACGCUUCGACAUAAUCAAGGAGGCGUAUAUGAGAUCUCUGAAUAACUUCAGGGCAGAGCAGCCUCACCAGCACGCCAUGUAUUACCUGCGGCUCCUCAUGACCGAGGUGGCCUGGACGAAAGACGAGCUGAAGGAAGCGCUGGAAGAUGUCACACUCACUCGCCUCAAGGCCUUCAUACCUCAGCUGUUGUCACGGUUACACAUUGAAGCCCUUAUCCACGGCAAUAUCACCAAACAGUCCGCUCUGAGCAUGAUGCAGAUGGUCGAGGACACGCUCAUCGAGCACGCUCACACCAAGCCCCUCCUCCCAAGCCAGCUCAUUCGCUACAGGGAAGUGCAGGUUCCUGACGGGGGGUGGUACGUUUACCAGCAGAAGAACGAGGUUCACAACAACUGUGGCAUCGAGAUCUACUACCAAACAGACAUGCAGAACACCCAGAACAACAUGCAGCUGGAGCUCUUCUGCCAGAUCAUCUCUGAGCCCUGCUUCAACACGCUGCGCACCAAGGAGCAGCUGGGGUACAUUGUGUUCAGCGGGCCGCGGCGGGCCAACGGCGUGCAGGGCCUGCGCUUCAUCAUCCAAUCGGAGAAGGCGCCGCACUACCUGGAGUGCCGGGUGGAGGCGUUCCUGUGGACCAUGGAGAAGUGCGUGGAGGAGAUGACGGAGGAGGCCUUCCAGAAGCACGUGCAGGCCCUGGCCAUCCGCCGCCUGGACAAGCCCAAGAAGCUGGCCGCCGAGUGCGCCAAGUACUGGGGCGAGAUCAUCUCCCAGCAGUACAACUUCGACAGGGAUAAUAUUGAAGUAGCAUAUCUGAAGACGUUGACUAAAGAAAAUAUAAUGAAGUUCUUCAGGGACCAGCUGUCUGUAGAGGCUCCUAAGAGACACAAGGUGUCGGUCCAUGUGCUGUCCCGGGAGAUGGAAUCCUGCCCUGUGGUUGGAGAGUUCCCGUGCCAAAAUGAUGUCAACCUCGCCCCCACCCCCUCCUUGCCUCAGCCUACAGUGGUGCAGGACAUGACAGAGUUUAAGAGGAGCCUGCCGCUCUUCCCAUUGGCCAAGCCACACGUCAACUUCAUGGCUGCCAAACUGUGAGAGGCGGAGCCCGGGAUGCACAGCCCCACCCCACUGCAGCUGGACCCAGCAGGAGUCCUGUGUGUGUGUGUGUGUGUGCGGGGAUGUGCAUGUGGGGUGGGGUAUAGUGUGGGGUGU